UACUGGUGUAUAAGUGAAAGUGGAAUCAGACCCGUGUGAAAGCUCACAUAGACUAGGAAGACGUCUUUUUAAAACAAAUGCUGAAUUUAAUUACUGCGGAUCCCGUGGCUCAGAGAAGAGAAUAAACAGGACGAGUUUUGAUAAAGAGAAGAAUAAAGGGUUAAAAAGGAGAAGGAAAGAGGACAUGGCUGAAUCUUUAUCUUCACAACUAAGACAAGGCAGAAGGAAGAGCAUGGAUACACCUACUGACUUUACAGGUGAAUCCAGCAGCUUCCUGACUAAAGAGCAGUUACAGUGUCCUAUCUGUCUGGAAGUGUUCACUGACCCCGUCACCACUCCAUGUGGACACAACUUCUGCAACAGCUGCCUCAAACAAAGCUGGGAUACGAGUCAAUAUUAUUAUUGUCCAUAUUGCAAAGAGAAAUUCACCAAGAGACCUGAAAUCAAGAUUAAUAUAACACUGAGAGAGGUUGCAGAUUGCUUCAAGAAGAAAACAGUCUCAGAUAAGUCUCAGAUUCUUUGUGACUUCUGCACUGAUGUGAAGCAGGAGGCCUUGAAAUCCUGUCUGGAUUGUUGUGUGACUCUCUGUUCAUCUCAUUUAGAGUCUCAUAAUAAUGUUCCAAAAUAUAAGAAACACAAAGUAAUAAAUGCAGUGGGGAACCUGGAGAAAUACAUUUGCCAGGAGCAUGAGAGACCUCUGGAGCUCUUCUGUAGAGACGAUCAGAAGUGUGUGUGUCGGUUCUGUGCUGUGACAGACCACAAGAAUCACAAAGUUAAUCCAAUAGAGGAGGAGAGUGGACAGAGGAAGAGUCAGCUGGGGAAAACACAGACGGAGCUGCAGCAGAUGAUCCAGGAGCGACUGAAGAAGAUCCAGGAGAUUAAUCACUCAGUAGAGCUCAGCAAAAGAAACACAGAGAAGGAGACAUCAGACAGUAUUGAAGUCUUCACAGCUCUGAUUCGCUCCAUUGAGAGGAGUCAGGCUGAGCUGCUGGAGGUGAUGGAGGAGAAGCAGAAAGCAGCAGAGAAGCAGGCUGAAGGACUCAUUAAAGAGCUGGAACAGGAAAUCGAUGAGCUAAAGAGGAGAGACACUGAGCUGGAGCUGCUCUCACACACUGACGAUCAUCUCCACCUCCUACAGAUUUAUCCGUCACUGUGCAUCGCUCCACACACCAAGAACUGGACUGAGAUCAGGAUUAACACGGAACUGAGUGAGAAAGCCCUGAAGAAAACUCUGUCUCAGCUUCAGAAGACUCUGAAUGAGAAACUCAGUGUAACUCUGAAUGAGAAACUCAGUGUAACUCUGAAUGAGAAACUCAGUGUAACUCUGAAUGAGAAACUCCGUGUAACUCUGAAUAAGAAACUGAAGGAAAAAGUCCCCACAGAACUGAAGAGGUUUCAGCAGUAUGCAGUGGAUGUGACGCUGGAUCCUGAUACAGCUAAUCCCCUUCUCAUCCUGUCUGAUGAUGGAAAACAAGUACAGCAUGGAAAAACAAAGCAGAAUCUCCCAGACACCCCGAAAAGAUUCACUAAAUAUGCAAUGGUCCUGGGAAAUCAAGGUUUCUCCUCAGGGAGGUUUUACUAUGAGGUGCAGGUCAGCGGAGAGACUGAGUGGGAUUUAGGAGUGGCCAGAGAGUCUGUUAACAGGAAGGGGAAAAUUUCACUUAAACCUCAGACUGGAUUUUGGACUGUGGUUCUGAGGAACGGGAAUGAGUAUACUGCUUGUGAAGAUCCCUGUAUCUCCCUCUCCCUGAGAAAGAAACCCCAGAAGGUGGGCGUGUUUGUGGAUUAUGAUGAGGGUCUGGUCACCUUUUAUGACGUUGAGGCCAGGUCUCAUAUCUACUCUUUCACUGGUCAGUGUUUCACUGAGAAACUCUAUCCAUACUUCAGUCCUUCUAAAAAUGAUGGAGGUAAAAACUCAGCACCACUGAUCAUCUCUCGUGUGUAAAAUUUACCCCUCACAAAAUCAGUAGUCUAUGAAAAGUUCAGAGUGAAAGAUAUUUUUUUCAAAACAGAUAUCACCACUUGAGUAAUUAUACUAAAUUUGAAUCAUUUCAUAAAUAAGCAUUAUUUUGUUAGUUGAAGUGUGUAUCCUAACAUUAUUCUACUGUGAGAAUAUACUGUGUGUGUGUGUGUGUGUGUUUGCAUUUAUAUUUAUAUACAGUUUUAGGAUAGAACAUUGUGUGCAUGUUUUUUUGCCUCAUUUCCAUGAAAGGAAAAACAACCGUAGCCUUCUGAAUCUGCCAGCAUGACCAGUUAAUUAAUCCUCUCAGUUAACUGUAUAGUUAAGUGUCUAAAUGAUUUUAUUAUUCAUACGGGAAAAGGAACAUGUAGAAGUUUAACAGAGUUUGAGUACACCAUUUCUAACACCAGCUAGUUAGAGCCAACUAACACAAGCUAGCUAGAUAGCUAAGAACAGCCACACAACAUUGACACUAUUCAUGCUUGAAUUCUGCCAACCAAUUUUUUUUUUAUUAUUAUUAUUAUUAUUAUUAUUAUUAUUAUUAUUAUUAUUAUUAUUAUUAAAUGUAUUAUCAUUUAUUUGGGGGUUUUUUUUGUUUAUUUGUUUUUAAAUAAAUAUAGUUGAUAUAAUUCAGUUGGUAAAUAGAUUAGCCAGCUAAUUCUUGUCUUUUCUGUUCAAGGGUAACAAGUCUAGCGAGCUAAUUUAGCUAGUCUACCAAGCUUGCUUAGCUAAAAGAAGAAAAAAAAUUAUUAGACUUUGAUAACCUAUCUUAUAUUAAUUUUUUUUUUUUUUAAAGAAAUAGCUAGUCAACAUAUUUGACCAGUAGUUUUUUCAGCUAGUUUUAUAUGUUAAUGUUCCAUCACCUCUGUCCUCCAUUAUAGGCUUUUCAAUAUAAUGCAGCAUCUGUCUUGUUUAACUGUGUAAUUGUGGUGUGGGUGUUGUAUAAAACUUUAGUGUGCUUUAUAUUAUAUAAAUUGAUGGUAUUUUCUGAUUUACUGUUGAUUUUUGUCAUCACUUAAAUCUGAAUAAAAAUCUUUUAUACAGUU